UUAAUCAACACGGUUGCAAAGUAUGUUGUUAGAAUAUAGUGAUAUGUACCCAUAUGUGUGUUUGAAAAUAUAAUCUUCACACUGAAAGAUAUGCAGUACGUAAUUGAAAAUGGUAUAAUAAUGCAUUGUAUGUGUGUAUACAUUCAUCUUAAUUAAAACUUCACUCCUUGAUGAUACUCUAUAGUAUUCUGAUGUUUCGAAAUUUUAACCUCUAAUUGUACAUAAUAAAAAUAAUUUAGCAAUGCUAAAAUGUUUGAGUAAAGGAGACAAGGUAUUUGACCAACGAUCUGCUAGAAAUUGAUUUGCACUAUGGGGGAGGUAAAUGUAUCUUUUCAAAUUGACACUGAUAAUCGCGAAAAUUUUUCGUCUGCCAUUGCAUUCCAUACUUUCAAGAAGCAGAGAGAUGCUUUUUAUGAUAUAUUAAGAAUUUGGGAGGAGAAUCACUUGGUGCCAGGAUGGGUGUUUCAAAUUGCACUAGGUGGAAAGAUAAGAAAUAUGUUAACGAUGCACAAUGACUGUACCAAUUAUUAUCAUAUUGCUAGGUUGUUCAAGUCACAGUUACUGAUAUCGUGUAUACAGAAUGGACGUCAAGUAACCGAUGAUAUUGUGGAUGAUGAAAGCUUGAAUUUUCUAAAAGCUCUAAAACAUGUUAAUCCUGAAAAAUUGACGCAGCUCAGUAAGAGAUUUGUGACUCCCUUGCCAUCGCAAAGUCAGAAUAUUGGUCCUUCGUUUCCUGGCAUACAGGAAUUUUUUAAAGAUUUUAUAUUACAUGCAUUUAAUCCAAUAUUUUAUACCCAUUUGGAGAAUUGUUUUGUGCAUGAGAUAAUAGAACUGAAUGAUACCCAAUUUGCCAAUAGUGAAAUAGAAGAGUCAGAAACGAUGGUUGACGAUCAAACGCAGCAGACUUUUCUUACUUGUUUAACCAGUUUGAGACUUCUUGCAAAAGUAUUAGGACUUUUAGUGUCAUUACCGUAUAGAUCUGAAUCCAAUACUACAAAGGAGAUUAUAAUGACACAAAUAGAGAUAAGAAGCAAGAUAUUACCAUCACUAAAUUUACAAGCGUGUCUUCAAAGUGCUGUAGUUGAAGGCAAACUCUCCCUGACGAUACCUUGGAUAGUAAAAUAUCUAGCAAUGAUGGAUAUUGUGUCACUUCGAUUACCAUAUUAUAAACAGAUUUUAGAACUAUUGUAUUACAUUUAUCACGCCAUCAAUCAGACCGAUCUUUCCGCUCCCGAUUGCCUUAUUUCUCAACAAGCGGCUGUACUACUCAAAUCGAGUCUAUGCUGGUUAUUUGAACUACCAAACUUUCCUAAGGAUUUCUAUAUCGCCUGGCAAAAGACUUGCAAAGUUAAAGAACUAAAAAAUCUCAAACAAAUGGAAAAGUUUUCCGAAAAGAAAAAGAAUUCGCAUUCUACCGACUGCGCGAUUCUCAAAAAUAAUCUUGAUAAGUUAGAUAUAAUCACCGACCGAACGAUGCGCAUGUGCUGUCCACGAAUGGAAUCAACUCUCCCGGUGUUUCACGGAAAUGGAACAAAUUUGAAUAUCAAUUCUAACAAACAUAUUACGCCCGUUACCAGCCAAUUGCGUAAAUUAGGAGGCGCCACUCGCGCAAAACACUUAGAGUUGCAACUGGAAGAAGCUUUUUUCCAUGGUCAACCGGCUUCUACUCGAAAAACUGUCGAUUUCGUUUCGGAAAGAGUCGCGUCAACUUGCGUCAAACAUAUAUGCAACACUCUAUUAGCCUCAUCGCGAGAAGCGAAUUUAAAUUCUUUCAGGAAAAUCCUGAAACGUAAACAUAUUAAGAAGAACUCCGAUGAGCAGGGAGAAUUGUCAAAAAAUUACUUCAACGAAUUUAAGGCUUCGCUCUUAAGCGACAUAAAUAUAUUGGCCAACGACGCGUCGAGAGAUUUAAAAGAUCAAUGUGAAAAAACGAUUCUGACAAUUUGCGAAACGCGAGUCGUGACAUCGAUAGAAUCCCUAUUAGCAGAAGACUCUUUAACGCCUGUCAAAGAAAUGUGUACCAAGAUUGCGAUUAGAAUGGCAAUGGAACGAAUAAAUCAGUGGAUUCAAUCGCACAUUGCCGGUGAUUCUUUGUUUAUAAAAGACAUGGAACUUGAGAUUAAUAGAUUUUUUCGAAACAACAGUCCUGUGCAUUCAAAGCAAGAAAAGCUUCAUAAUGCCAAUGCUCCUAGUCCUACCGUCGUUAUGGACGAACUUCGCGGAUUAAUAUGGCAUAUGUUAGAUAACAAUGGCACAAAUUUAACUAUAUCGAUUGUAUUGGACAUUUUAGACAAAUUAUAUCAAGCAUUCAAUCAAAGGAAUGAUUUAUUACCAGGACCACAGAAAGUUUUGUAUUAUCUCAGUACAGAUUUUGCAUUAUUUUUAGUUACGUACAGGACAGAUCUCUUUACACGAGAGAUUCAAGACGAAUUGAUUAAAAUAUGGUCAUCGGAUAGUCUAAGAAAUGACGAAGGUGAUUCGCCUAUGCAUAGACUUCUGUGUUCUAGAAAUAUUAUAUUGCUGAUGCAACAGGAAAAUAACGAAAUGUGGCCGAUUUUUGGCAAAUUUUUGAAGAGAUUAUUAGAAACGAAGAUACUCGACGGAGACAGUCUAAGUAAUCAGUGCGUAGCUUUAUUCAGACAAGACUGGCCUGUGUCUUUGUUAAAACUUUUAUCAAAGUGCCUAUCUGAGGCCAUUGACGGUUACAAAGCAAAUGACGAAGCGACAGAGAAAGUCAAGUAUCUCCUCGGCUGGAUAGCGGAAACGUAUCAUGAGAUCGAAUUUUGUGAUGAUUAUGAUCUGUAGAUUAUCACAUAGUUAAUGAUGCUGUCAUAAUUGGAAAGCAUAAUUUUGUUGAAAUGAUUUUCUGUAAAUGUUUUUUCUUGUGUAUAUAUGUAUAUUAUGGUACAUGCGACAAAGAUGCUGUACAAUCUAUCGGGUGUGUAUAUCAUCGAGUAUUUUAUGAAUUGAAAAAUAAAUUUUAACUUUUUAUAUA